AUUACGAGUCGAUUACGGGCUGGAACAGACGGCAUUUCUUCAUGCUCUCAGGUCAACAGUAGCUAGCAUCGUAUUAGCAUCGAGUGUAGGGGCAAGUCAAAUCGAUACAUGAAGUGUAUCACUAUCUUGAGGGAAAGCUAGCGCGUACUAUCUUCCAAACCAUGUAGUUUGGAUUGCAAUCAUCCGUAAUUGAGAAAUUUGUAAUUGAGUCAACAGUUUAACAACUGUUGCCGUUGAAAUUGUUUGCCGAUAAUGCUGAUUGGAGCCAAGCGCUGAGGUAGUUUGAUAAUUUUAAAGCGGGAAUUUCAAUUGAAGCUGUUUGCCUAUAAACAGAGUCGGACCAACAGUGCGAACCAACAUGAGCCCUCGGUGAUGUAUAUUUAAUGUGGCUACCUUAAGUAGCAAUGGUAUAAAUGCAGAUACCGCACAAGUGGAAAUCAAAAAAGCGGUCAACCAGAAGUACGGGCAAGUUUUGUGGAAAAACCUCCCAAAAAAAAACUAUGAACUACAGUGUGGAGCUUUCGGAGCUGACGCAAGGCGAGCUGUUUCACUUUGAAUUGAAUCGGCUGUUGAAAUGGAUCUUUCUACAGCAUUUGGUAAGCUUUUUCUGCACCUGUAUCGUGGUGCGCACAGGCAGCUCCGGCCAUUGGACGGCCGCUACCGAACAGUUCCCUCAUCCGGUGAUGGUAGUUGCGCUUUCCCGCAACGACGAGCUCGACGUGCUGCUGGACGCUAUCGAAAAUGGAUGCCAAACCUUCAUUGUGGCCCAAUCGACAGCGAUCGAGUUUUUGGAUGCGUUUCGCUUAGUGCAUGAUCGUGCCACCGUUCGCUACCCGCACAAGCGUGUCAUCAUCCUAACCGAUGACGCAGACGUGCAGUGGCGACGAACCGUUUUCGAGCAUGGUGCGUUUCGUGACGUGAUGGAUUGGCUGUUAGUACACCCCCAGCCGGAUGGAAAGCGUGUCGAUCUUCUGACGACUAGUUUCGGGUACGACGAGUGGAUACCUUUGGCAAGUCACGACACAUCCGUGCCGGGCGUAUUGCACCUUACCGUCGAGCUGUUCCCGAACAAGCGCACCAACCUGUGGGGUCGCUACGUACGGUUGGCCAUCUUUAACUACGAACCGUACACGCUGUGGAGUGCGGUGGACGAUUCCAACGAUGCAAACGCCUUCUAUCAACACAACCGGACGCUCUUCAUCGACGGAACGGAGGCACGGUUGUUUGUUGAGUUUUGCGCCAAGCUGAACUGCAGCCUGGAGAUCUCGCUAGACGAGGCGGGCGAGUGGGGCCAAAUCUUCGACAACCGUACUGGUGAUGGCAUUAUUGGGGCUGUGGUCGAACGCAGGGCUGACAUUGGAGUCGGUGCACUGUACUCCUGGUAUCAUGAGUCGCUGUAUCUUGCCCUCUCCAAGCCGAUCUCCCGUACGGGCGUUACCUGUAUCGCACCGAAACCGCUGCCCCUAUCCUCCUGGAUGACAGCACUGUUACCCUUCUCGACCGAGAUGUGGCUAGCCGUACUGGGAACCAUCGCGGUGUCCACCGUGUGCGAGAUGGUGGUCAGCUUCGUGGCGCAAAAGUUCAACCCCAACAAGGUACAUCGAGUAGACGCCUGCGAGUCCAUAAUGGCGAUCAUCUCCAUCUUCAUACUGCAGUCCGUGUUAAUACGCACCACCCGCAAUCCCUACUGCUCGCAGAUGAUUCUGAUCGGGUCGAUCCUGUUCGUCGGCCUCAUGAUCGGCAACGCGUACAGUGGUGGGCUGGCCAGUGUGAUGACGGUGCCACGGUUUGAGAAAUCCAUCGACACCGUGCAGGAUCUGGCGGAUCGCAAUCUACGCUGGGGCUCGACACACGACGCGUGGAUCUUUUCCAUCCAGCUCGCAACGCAGCCCACGAUAGUGAAGCUGCUGGAGAGCUUUGUCACCUACCCGAAGGAUGUGCUGCACGAGCACGCGAAGCAGCGCAACCUGGCGUACAGCAUCGAGCGGCUGCCGUACGGACACUAUGCCGUCGGGGACUACAUCACCGACGUGGUGUCCAGCAACUUCGAGAUCAUGCUGGAGGACAUCUACUGGGAGAACUGUGUGGCGAUGGCCACCAAAACCUGGCCGCUGAUGGACGAGCUGGACGAGCUGACGUUGCGCAUUUUCCAGAGCGGAAUUCAACGCUACUGGGAACUGGAGGUGGUGACCAAGUUUGCCGAUAAUAAGGUCCAGCACGCCAUCUCGACGUCGCGUCAUUUCGGCAACCCGGGCCCGAUACCGCUGCAACCGUCGCACCUGGUCGGAGCGUUCUUUUUGCUCGCCGUGGGACUUGGCCUCGGGACGGUGUGCCUACUGCUCGAGCUACUGUGGCACAGAUUAACCGCUACCAAUGAUGGAACAGGCAGGGCCUGGAGGAGUGAUACGCCUUAGACAAAACCCCUCAUGCAGUCGUACCGUCAACGAAGGACACCCUCCAGCAGGUAGCAGGCAACGUCGUUUCUGCGUACAGUGUCCCCUUUCGUUAUGAGGGGAUGAAAUGAAAGCAAAUAAUUUCUCCCCUCACAAAAAAAGGGAAAAACAACCCAGAAACUAUUCCUCCCUCACGUACGUACGAUGACUCGCAAUCACACACCCCAAGCUGUGCGGCUGCCGUACUGAUCGUGGAUUGCGUAUGGCGUGGGUCGCAGCGCAGUAGAUAAGCGCAUCUAGAUUGCGUGCAAGGACGAACACACGAAUUUCCCAUGCAACACCUGCAGUUUUGUUCGAGAGCAGUUUGUUGUUAAACCUUUGAGCGGAGGGUCCCUCUUGCAAGGUUCGGUUUGCUGUGGGGUGGCCCGUCGGGAGAGAAAUAAAACACUUUCCACCCCAAGGGGGUAAAACAGCAUUUGUUUGUAACGACGACAAGGGACAAAGUACGUGUGAAGUGCCGUAGAUGCAGACAUUUAUUGGUGGUGUCAAUUAUUGUCCGCUCUGAAGGUGGCUGAUGAUGAUGGGACGUUUCGUUAAAGGUGGGAGAAAGCAAUAAAAAAUAGGUUUAGAUAAAGUGGCUCUGAAAAUUCAAUGGCG